AAUGGGAGUAUCUGAAUCUGAAUCUAAAUCUAUAAAGAAACAUACUAAAGUGAUAUUUCCUGAUUCUGAAUAUGACAUUCUGGAAGUCUAUUUCGAACUAUUAAAAUGUCAUGAUUAAAUGUACAAAUUAAACAUAUUAUGAUCUAAAUAGAAAUGGAUAUCAGAGUUUUCUGAAAAUCCUGAUUUCUCAAUUAAACUAUAUAAUUGAAUGAGAGAACCUUCUAAGAAUUAUUAGAUAGAUUAUACUAAUUUUGUGAUUGCAUGUAAGAAGUUAAUAUUAAAAUUUAGUAUAACUCUUAUUAAAAGAGUAAUGAGUUUACUAUAUAAGAGAUAAUAAAUUUAGAAUGUUUGAGAAAUUUGAAUUAUUUACAUUGAUAAGCUUGGGUUAUUUGGAAAAUGAAAAGGAAAUAAUAAAUAGAUAUUGAAAUCCAUUUAUUCAGAUUCCAAGUAAGGAAGUACAGUAAUUAAAGAAUUCUUAAAUGUGUAUAAUUAUAAUACAGAAAUAACUAAUAUCUUUAGCAAUUAUUUAU